AUGCCUCCAUAUUCACUCCACUGGGUUGAGGACUUGUCCCAUAACGAUAUCCUGACCCUCACAAAGCUUCUCAGGUUGCCAGAGCGGUCACAAAUUGACGAAUACUGGCUUGUAGGGCAAGAGAAGAAGAUUGGGUACUUACCAGCACACUUGAAAAGGACAAAAGCUCUUUUACCACGCUUGGUCGAGAAGUUUACCAGCCCCAGUACGAAAGCAAUUCUCUGCCCAAGCCACAGAUGCCUCGAUUCACAGCUCAUCCGCCGAUUAUUUCUUACCAUAGUCGACGAGUGCUCAACCCGAGUUCGCCGUUUCACGGAUUCUCCUCCAGCAGACAGAGAUAUAAGGGCGUGGUGGACUCGAGUUAAGACGAUCAACUCGCUUUGGACUCAACCAAUCUUAUAUCGCUACCUUUUCAACGCAAAUCCAGGCGAUCCGGAGUUUGAGUAUACCCACAGCGAGUGCGAGGCUUGUAUUCUUGGCACAAUAGGGGGAAACAUGACGAUGCUCGCUGAUCUACGUAUCUGUGCCAUCACUCGCAGGACAAACCACGGACCGAUCCCUCGCAUUAUCAGAUUCAUCGAUGGCUGGCUGUAUUGGACAGGAAUUGCUGAGACUAUCAAAGCCGAAUCCGAUCCGUUAUAUUUGAAGGUUAGGAACGCACGCCGUGGAAGGCCGAUAACUCAAAGUUACGACUCGAACGCACUACCAGAAACUAUCAACGACAGGACAGAUGACAGGACAGACGAUAAAAGAGAUGACAGGAGAGAUGAGCGAAUACCUGAAUCGACCGAUGCAGACAUCAUCGAUUUCUACCUCAACCGACUAUCACGAAUGUCCCGCACUCACAAGAAAUCUGGGCAGCCGAACAACGAUAGCACUCACAGCCUCCACCCAGCCUUUCGUGACAACAUUGUUUUUGACGCCUCGACUGGAAUAUACGGCCAACGCCAGGAGGACGACAUUCCCCCAGUUCCGAGGAUACCCAGCAUAAUACCGGAACCAAAGCGGCAGCCCCCUAUGGCCAGCAGCAGCUAUAGCCGUGCUGAUUCUGGCGUGGGCUAUUCGAACAAUACAUCCAAAAAGACAGAAUGGCGCCACGACGACUAUGCCGAACAGCGUUCGGAAGCAUAUCGCAAACUGGUAGGUGCUCCUGAGAGCUCCAAGGUUGACGACAAGAAAACCUAUCCACUUACUAACACGGACUACAGGUCACCCGAGACAGCGAAGUCACCCGACAGAGCGAAGUCACCCGAGACAGCGAAGUCACCCAAGACAGCAAAGAGAUGGAGUGGCUCCAGCAGUGUCCGUGGACCUGAUGCAAUAGCUUGUCACCGUGCCAAAACAUAUCAAAAACUAGAAGGUAAGCCCGCAGGAUCUGUUAUAUCCAGUACCCUUUCGAGCCCGAAAAUGACUUGGGAAGAAUUUAAUGCAGCGGUUCACCUGACCAGCCAGAAUAGGUUAAAUGGAAAGUAG